ACGAUUUGAUUCUCAUUUCUCUUUCUUUCUUUAUCCUUCACUCACCCCACCCUCCCCCUCCGCCCUCUACGCGCAAAUCCACCCCACUCGCGCCGUCUACAUUCUCGCGCAGGUCGCAGCAUCCUCUUGCGCAUAUAAACACGUUCAUUUACAUCUCACUCGUCUUUUCUUCAUCCCUCCAGCUCUUUGCCGUUUCUGCCCCCGACAUCUCUCAGAAAGCAGGCUUUGUACGCUUUGACGAAAGCAACGACCUCUACGACUCUGUAACGACCUCACGUGUAUCCCACAACAACAUCGCAUCAUGGUGUCUCCCACUCUCGCGCUCUUCUCCUCCCUACUCGCCGCUUCCAGUGCGCUGGCGCACAUGCAGAUGUCAUGGCCCUAUCCCCUGCACAGCUCCCUGAACCCGGCUACCCCCGAGGCUGAUAAGGACUACUCCAUGACAAGUCCUCUGGUUACCGACGGAACGUACCCUUGUAAAGGCUUCAUCACCACUGCCGAUGACAUGGGUUCCAACGCCGAAUGGUCUGCCGGUUCUACCAUCAACUACACCCUUGUCGGUACUGCUACCCAUGGCGGCGGUUCUUGCCAGCUCUCCAUGUCGUACGAUCUUGGGGAGACCUGGUCCGUCAUCUUCUCCCAGAUCGGCGGGUGCCCCGACUCUGACUCCUUGACCACCGACGUCACCAUCCCCUCCGACGCUCCCUCCGGCCAGGCUCUCUUUGCUUGGGGUUGGUUCAACCUCCAGGGUAACCGCGAGAUGUACCACAACUGUGCUCCCGUGACCAUCACCAACGGCGGCUCGGGUCUUACCAACACCGACGACUAUCCCACCCCCUUUGUCGCCAACGCCGAUGUCAAUGACUGUGUCACCAUUGAGAACACUGCCGUCGUCUUCCCCAACCCGGGUAAGACUGUCGUGUACGGUGGUGACUAUUCGUCUUCGCAGCCGACCGAGGCGGCGGGCUUCACGGGAAGCAACUGUGUGGGACCCAACGCUAGCUCGUCAAACUCUUCUUCUUCGGCUUCGAGCUCGGCGUCUUCUUCGGGUGCUGCCACAGAGGCUUCUACCGCCGCUUCCGAGUCUACCGCCGCUAGCGGUGUGUCUGCCUCUGCCGGUAUCCCCGUCAGCCUCUCGGCCUCUCUCGGUGUCGGCGAAAACGCCCAGGCCACAUCUUCCUCCUCCUACGUCGACGCUUCUUCCUCUUCCUACGUCGACGCUUCUUCCCCUUCAUCCGUCUCCGUCUCCGCCGCCACCGCCUCCGCCACCACCACCUCUUCAUCGACCUCCUCUAGCAAGUCCUGCAAAGCCAAGCGCGCUCUCAAGGCCGCCAACGAGGCCCGAGCCCGUCAUGUUCGCCGCGCUCCCAAGCGAUUCGCCGCUUCCAAAGCUUCCCACUCUUCCUCCAAGCGCGAUGUCUCCCCCGAGGCCGUUGUCGAAAAGAGGGGUGGCAAGAGGCAUGCUGCUAGCAAGGCUUCGCACGCGUCGGCGGAGAAGAGGACUGAAGGAGCUGGCUUUGAAGGCAGGGCGGGGGUCAAGAAGUCUGCGGCUAGCCCUAGGGAUGUCAAGCGCGGGCUCGUUGGCAGGGGCAUCUUUGAGACUUCUUCAUGAGCUUGCUCUGGAUAUGGUGAAGUGUUGACUUGGACCGAUCUUGAGGAAGCGAGUACAGGUUACUUGUCUUUCUUCCAUCUCCUCUUUUUCCCCUAAUCGAGCAGUGAUAGCAGUGCUAUCAUCUCGGCUUUUGUAAAUAAUGAUCUCUGUCUGUUCUGGUAUCCUUCGCGGUGCGGGGGAGAAUGUAUUUUGCGAAAGUUUCAUGCAUGGUCGUGUCUUUCGUGCUUUGCUCAGGUUUCUAGUCGGCCACGGCAUUGAUAUUUGACAGACCGUAGAAUAACCAUACUUACCUUCGGGAUCGGCCGAUAUGCCCUUUGCACUCAGUACUGUACUCGUACUCGAGUACAUAUGCAAAUGCAAGCUCAC